UAGGGUUUAAGGCCCAGGAAGUUUGGUCGGUCACUGAACGUAAACAUUGCUGUUUUUGACAAGUGGUUGAUUUUUUAAUUGUACUCAAAUGAAGAUAUAAUAAUUAAUAACAGCUUUACCUAACAAAGGACUAGACUAAGACACGUUAUGCCUGCUCCUGCGCCGGUGGUCACGGGCAUUUCGCCCAAAGAAGGUCCUCCAGGAACUCGGGUCACAAUUCGAGGAGAAAAUUUUGGAAACAGCCCAAGAGAUCUGAUCGGUCUGACAAUAUGCGGCUGCAACUGCAUCUUGUCGGCAGAAUGGAUCACUCCAAACAAGAUCAUUGCAAGGUCUGGCCCUGGCAAUGGCAAGGGCGACAUCGUCGUCAUCACCCGGCUUGGAGGGGUUGGUGGUUGCACUGUUCAAUUCAGAGGUUACAUGGAGACAGUUGGUCCUUUGAAGGAAAGUGCGGUUUGGGUCGAGGAGGAAAUCAGUUCUUGGGGUCGAAGAGCCCUCACAACUACUGCCAUGCAGCAGCAAGAUCCAUUGGGUCUCUCAGUUGAAGACUCGUCAAAAUCAUUGCCUGAUGAUCAGAUGAACGAAUAUUUUCCUCACCCAAGCAGCGAGUCGUUGUCCUCGGAGGACUUUCUGCCAGCAAGAUUUUUGCUGAAGCACCACCGAGGCACCAGUUUUGACGACCUGAAAGCUGGUCUGUCUCAUCUUCAGCGCAAAGUGGGGGCUCACAAGGAAGGCCAGCUGUCUUUUUUGAAGGCCAAUGUUGGUGCCGUCAUGGACCAGCUAGACACUCUGUGUGUGCUGAGGGACAAGUUUGAGAUGGAUGCCCUUCAGGUUCGCAUGAUGCCAACCAUCAGUUUAGAGCAGAGCAUCGAAGCCUCAAGAAGAGAAGCAGACCGCCUAUUUAAAGAGGUACUAAAUCGAAGGGACAAUGCUGACGCAGCUCGAAACGCCCUUUCAGCAAUGCAGAGGAACAAAUUUCUCUUUAUGCUUCCUACUAGCAUCGAGAAAAAUAGCAUGAAGGGUGAUUACGACUUAAUUGUCAACGACUACACUCGAGCCAAAUCCCUAUUUAGUGACUCGGAUAUAGAUAUUUUCAAGAAAGUUUUUGAGGAGGUUGACAAAAGAAUUGAUGCUCUGAUUGCUCGGCUCAAAACUCAUUUGACCACAAUGCCUUGCACUCUUGAUGACCAGAAAAAAUUGGCUAGAAAUUUGGCGAGUUUGGAUGGUGAAAAUAACCAUGCUUGGAAUGCAAUUGAAGCGAGAUUUAAAUACCUUUUGGAGUCUUUAACUGCACCGCCUGAAAAGCAACCUGAAAAUCUUCUUAGCCCUGCAUCAAACCCACCUGCACUGGGUGCAAACGCGGGAAAUCAAAAUUGGCAGGGCGAGUUACCGAGCAAGGUGCAAGUUGUGGAAGACAGCUUGGAAGUUUUCACAUUCCAAUUUCCGGAGCUGUGGAAAUUAGGCCAGGCGUACUUCAGUGGCGAGUUGCAGGUUGAAGCUUCUCCAGGUCACAACAGAUUAUUUAAGGAUAUGGUAUUGAAGAGCAUCAAGACUCUAUGUGAUUUGGUCAAAGAGAACCUGACCGUUCCAAGUGGUACGCUAACUCCAAAGCACAAGAGCUCUAGUAAAAGCUCAACAGAUUUUGGCCCUUGGCUGCCCCACUGCCUGACUGAAAUGAUAAUCCUCUACAAUAGCCUCCGAGGACUGGACUUGCCGUCUGAAGCUUUGGCACAGGUCAACAGCUUAAUCCAAGACCUGAGGUUCCACUGUUUGUUUGUAAUACUGAAGCAAACGACGGAUCAAGUUCGAAUGCUUUACAAGCAGGAGAACUGGAUGCCUGACCUGCAGAGUUCAACUUUGCCAGGCAGGCAGAGCAGUGGUUUGGUCACUUCGCUGCCUUCAUUGUUCGAAGGCAAAAUCACUGAAGCAGUUACCCUUCUCAAGGAGUCAAUUUUUGUCAACAUUCCGGGCGAAUCGUCUGUCAACCCCAUUCUAACCAAUCCAACUGUUCACUCGCAGUACGGAUCCCUUGUGCAGAACAUUUUCCACGCCUUCACUCAGACUUUGGAACAUUUGUCCUCGAGUAAAGAGGUUCAGAGCGCAAGUCCCAUGUUUCUCUCUCAAAUCUUGACUGGUUCAGUGCCGUCAUCGAGAUCGAGCAGCAAAAAGCAUCCUAGUGAGAAUCCUCUUCUUUUGAUUCUUAGCAACUGUCUGCACACCCGAGACGUUGUUCUUCCUUCUGUGAUGAAAACGCUCUCCUCGCUGACAGGGGGUCAAGAGACUCCACCACUGGCUCUGGCUCGUGAGGCUGCUGUGAAUUCGUUGAGCACAUUGGACAGAAGCAUUUGUGAAAAAUAUCUUGAGAGCAAAACUGACCCUUUGGUCGGAACGAUUGAGCCCUCUAUGUACAUUGGCGAAUUCGACUGGGCGAAGCUGCCGGAAAAAAGUGCAACCCAAAGAGGAGACUUGCGCCCCUACAUUAAAGAGAUAAUUGCCAAUCUCAUUUCUGUCAACUGCGAAGUGCAAAAUGUGUUGCCCAGUCAAUGCCAGCGCAUCCAGUCGUACAUAGUGGAGAUGAUUGCCGAAGAGGUGUCUCGGCUCAUGUCUUGCAUUCCAAACUUCAACGAAGAGGGGGUCCUGCAGGCGCACAUCGACCUUACCUUCCUGAGGAAAACCCUUGCACCUUUCAGUACACCUACGGCCAGGGCGUUUUUUAACGAAGCAAUUGAGGCUAUUCCUCCUUUGGAAAAUGACAAACAAAAAAGGUUGUUGGAACAGGUUUUUAUUGGGAUCGAGGCUAGGAUGCGGCUGCAGCUGCUGAGUUUGACUUCGCCUUCUGUGUAAGAUCACCAUCUAAAGAAGUGUAUCAUAAAUUUAUUAUGAUGAAAGAUUUAUGCAAAGUUUUCGUUAAAACUAAUUAUGUUAACAACAAUAAAAAGUAAUUAUAACUUAACAAUUCACCUCAAAUAUUUAAAUUUUUUGAUUUGAACAAUAAUUUGUCUUUUUUUUAUUUACACGUCCUAAACUAUAUAUAUAUGGUUAAAAGAAUAUUUUAUAUCACAUAAUUAAAAUAAAUUGAACAUAUUAUUUUACUUUCUUGAACAGUUUUUAUUAAAUAGUGUUUCUUUUAGUUACAAUGAUAAUAUUAUAAUUUAAAUAUUACGCAUCACAAAUAAUAGUCAGUGAAAUCUACUUGGCUAUUGAUGGACAGAGGAGGGGUGUUAAAGUAUAAUAAGUGUAUUUUCCUGUGUGUACAACAUAUAUAUAUAGAACAGUGGAGAUAAAAUAAUUAUAUCAACAGAGAAGAAAACUGAUAAAAAAAAAAAAAAUAUUCGUUUGUCGUUUCAGAAAGAAAAAUGCACAGUAGCAUAUUUUCCUUUUAUUUUCAAAGAGGGAUAAGCUGCGCGAGCGUCACAGCC